CUGUGUUCCGAUUAUUUACUGCCCCAAGUUGAGGAAAUAAAAGAUUCCCGGUUAUAGAUCUCUGGGCUUUCAGACACGAAGACCAACAGGACUCCGUCACUUAUGUGACUCCUCCCUUGGUCACCUCUACUCCACACUCCAAGAUUUAGUUUCUUCCAACUCUGCUCAUUGCUGCACAACGAACCCAAGAAUCACAGCCUUCAGAAUUUGCACAGCCCUGACCUCAGCUCCAAUCUAGUCCCAGCCUCCCUGGUGCCCCAGCUCCAGCCCCAGCCUGUCUCUGGCGCUGCCUCCAUUUCAGCUCUGACGGCCUCAGAGUUUAGUCCAAGCAUGUCAGUGAAGUAUGAAAACUUCCAGUCGGUGGAGAGUGACAAGAAGAGCUGGUGGCUUAGAAAUGGGCUGUCCUGCCCCCAGCCCUUCCUGCAGAAUCUCUGCUCUGGAGCCCGCCCACUCCUGUUCUGCCUGGGCCUCAGCCUCCUCCUGCUGAUCGGCAUCUGCGUGAUCGGAUCCCAAAAUUCCAAGUUUCAGAGGGAGCUGGUGACUCUGAGAACAAACUUCAGUAAUGUCACUUCGAACACCGUGGCUGAGCUCCAGGCCCUGCACUCCCAGGAUGGCAGUUUGCAAGAAACCAUAACAUCUCUGAAAAGCGAGGUGGGAAACCAUGAGCAGGAACUGCAAGCAGCCCGCAGCUUGAAGGACAAGGUGGUUUCUCUGGAGAGUAAACUGGAGAAAGAGCAGGAGGAGCUCAAAAAAGAUUAUUCCGAAAUGGUCCUGCGAGUCCAGCAGCUGGCCAAAGACCUGAUCUCCCUGAAUUGCCACAUGGCUGCUCUCAAGAGCAAUGACACUCAAAAUACCUGCUGUCCCCUUAACUGGGUGGAGCAUGAAGGCAGCUGCUACUGGUUCUCUCGUACGGGGAAGCCCUGGAAGGAGGCUGAGAAGUACUGCCAGCUGGAGAAUGGGCAUCUGGUUGUCAUUAACUCGAGGGAGGAACAGAAAUUUGUUGAGCAACACACAUCCUCUAUGAACACCUGGGUGGGUCUCUCUGACCUAACAGGGUCCUGGAAAUGGGUGGAUGGAACCAACUAUGAGACAGGCUUCAAGAACUGGAGUCCACAACAGCCAGAUGACUGGUAUGGGCACGGGCUUGGGGGAGGCGAGGACUGUGCCCAUUUCACAGAUGAUGGCCGCUGGAAUGAUAACGUCUGCCAGAGGCCCUACCGCUGGGUCUGUGAGACAGAGCUGAACAGGGCCAGCUAGGAGCCUCCUCUCCCCUAAUUUAUUUCCUCAAAGCAUUAUUUGCUGAAGCAGUCUGAAUUGGGGAUCCUCCUAUCUGCUGGCCUCCUGCAGCUUCUCAGGGAUUUUCAUCUAGGACUUGAAGGGAAGGUGAAAGGAUGGCGCCUGAAGAAUGUAAAAUGAUGUUUGGAGGGGUGGGGAUAUUGGAAUCCAUGCCUCUUUCUGCAGUUUUUUAAAGUAAAAG